AUGACCUCGCAAGAUUACGCAGCCUCCGUACAACCGACGUACUCGACGAAUACCAAUGCCUACAAUGCCUAUCAAUGGCCCACGGCAAUCAAUGGGAUCAAUACGUUGAAUACGCUUGGAACUUACAAUCCAUAUAACAGCUAUACGACUACCACGACGCAGAUGAAUAACGCCUACGGCGGUUUCCGAGUCGGUGGAGGCAUCUCGCCCAUCGGUGGUAGCCGGAGCGCAUCGGGUGGCAGCACAGGAACGACCUUGUCCGGCACUUCCGCCUCGACCGCCUCACCUUCCCGUGGCUCAUCCUGCGGUGGAGGCGAUCAACAACUUACCAGUUCUGAGCUGGCAAGAAUUCGACGUACCGGUAACUAUGGUUGUGCAAAACCACCGUAUUCCUACAUUUCGUUGAUCACGAUGGCCAUUCAACAUUCAGCCAACCAUAAGAUGACCCUAUCGGAGAUCUACAAUUGGAUCAUGGACCUAUUCCCCUAUUAUAGGCAGAACCAGCAAAGGUGGCAGAACUCGAUUCGGCAUUCUCUAUCGUUCAACGAUUGCUUUGUAAAAAUUGCCAGAACCCCAGACAAGCCAGGAAAAGGCUCUUUUUGGACGUUGCACGAGUUGUGCGGUAAUAUGUUCGAGAACGGCUGCUAUCUUCGACGUCAGAAGCGUUUCAAGGUCAAGGAGAGGGAUCCGCCGAGAAAGAAGCGUAACAAUAACCAAAAUCACAAUCAUCAAGGUCAAGCCAAUAAUAAUGCUACCAUCAAAGAAGAGCUGGACGAUACCUAUAAGAUUGAAGAGGCCAAGAUGGAUCUGGGUCAGGCCAUCCCUAACGGAUCACAAGUAAAUCCGUACUACCAAUUAUACAGCACGGACUUUACCGGUGCCGGAGGUCUGCCAGGUCUCAGCGUCCCGUCAGCCUUCUCCAUCAACAAGUUGAUGGACAGCACAAAUGGUUUCGACUAUAAUUACUACCAGACCUCUGCCAACGAUUACGGUGGCUAUUCACACACGCUUUACAGUUCGACAAAUCCGAGCACAGCAUCGAAUCUCUGA